AUGCCGUGGCUGCACCGCAAGGUUCCAGAAGCCAAGAGCCCCGGAAGGCGCCGAAUGAACGAAACGAACACGAGCGCACCAGUCGUGCCAUGGGCCUACAUGAAGCAAGACGGCGAGUGGACCAUCUUUCCCAAGGAGGACUGCGACAAGCUGGAGCAUGCCAUCGACGGCAAACCCGUCGUCGUCAACGACGGCCACUUCCAAGUCGACGUCAAGAACCGCGUCAUGACGCAGCUCUACUGGGAAGAUGACGCGGUGCCCGUCAUGCGCUGCAAUUGGCUCUUUGAGACGCGCAAGGGCAAGCUCUUGCCGAUUCCCGAGCCCGAGGCGAAUGCAAUCUCGGCGCUAUGGUCGGCGCUAUCGCCAGAGGGCGAGCACCAUUUCUGCGAGACGAUCAAAGACCACAUUACGGGCCGAGCGACCGUGAUGAGCUCGGCCAAGCCGGUCGACGAUGUGCACGAUAUGCUCAACAAGUCAUUUUCGCAGUGUACGCCGCGCCAGAAGCACCGUCACUGCAAGGCGAUCCACCACGGGUUUGACCGGUGGGCCGACGUCGCGGUCCACCGCAACGUCCAGCACCUCGUCUUCGUCGUGCAUGGCAUUGGCGCGACGUACGACAAGCGCAAGCACGGCAAGGGCGACAUUUAUGGCCAAGUAGCUGAGCUGCAAGCGAACUCGGAGGAACUCAUCGCCAAGUACUUUGAGACGCCGGGCGACGCCGACUCGAUCUUGUACAUUCCCGUGGACUGGUCGACAGUGUUUGAAGAAAUGGGCGACAACCUCCACGCGACCUUUGACCGCAUGGCGCUCGACUCGAUUCCCAACAUUCGCGAAAUCUCCAACGAACUCCUCUCGGACGUUCCAGUCUACAUGGUGCGCCAAACCCAAGUGCUGCGGUUCGUCACCAACUACCUCAACGUCCGCUACACGCGCUAUAUGGAGACCCAUCCGGGUUUUACUGGCGACGUGACCGUGCUGGGACACAGUCUUGGCGGCGUCAUCUCAUACGAUUUGCUGUCGAUGCAAACCGAGACGCUGGACGACCCGGCCUUGAAGCUCGCGUUUACGCCGACCACGUACAUUCAAUUCGGCGCCCCAACGGGCUUCUUCCUCGGCCUCCGAGGCAACAUGCAAGGCGAUGCCAUGGUACUGCCGGGCGUCACCAACAUGUUCAACGUGUUUCACCCGCUCGACCCCGUUGCCUAUCGCUUGGAGCCGCUCAUUGACCUGCAAUCGACGAUCACGCCGCCGUUCCAGGUCGAAGCCGCUGGGGGCAAGAAGCCCCUGCACAUGCGUCUCCAAGACUGGGCCGAUAGCAUUGGAUCGUCCAACAACAGCAGCAGCACCAAGACGUCCUUGGCCACGCCCAACCAGAGCGAGCCCGACGCCGACCCAGCCGACUCGGUGAGCGUCACAGAGCGCGUCGUCGCGCGCAUGAACCCCAAGUUCCGGUACCUCGACUUUGCCUUGCCGGCUCACACGUCGUACUGGGGCAACCUCGACUUUACGUACUUUGUCGUCAGUCAAGUGCUUGGCAAGACCCACCACCGUGAUGGCAAGCAGGACUGA